AUGAAAGUAAGUACAUGGAAUAUUGCCAUUACUUCAAAACCGUACAAGUUAUUCUUUUACCAAUUUACCCUUUUUUUCCAGAUGAUGAACUCUACCAUAGGCAAUCUUAUACAAUUAACAACCACCAUGCUACCAAACAUAGUGGGUAGCAUUGAUAGGGUGUCAUUUUCAUGGUACGAUUACGCCUUAUUUGUUUUUAUGUUAGGACUUAGCGCCUGUAUAGGAAUUUAUUUUGGUUGUUUCGGUAAUAAGCAAGCCACUGCUAAGGAGUACCUGAUGGGUGGUAAAAAAAUGGCAGUGGUCCCAAUAGCCUUAUCGCUUGUUGCCAGUCAUGUGUCUGGUUUGAGUCUGCUAGGUAUACCUGCAGACGUGUACGUGUUUGGAGCAUGUAUUGGUCUUCAAAUUGUAGUUGUUAUAAUAGGAUAUUUUAUAAAUGUUUACGUGUACCUUCCAGUUUUCUAUAAACUCCAAUUUAUCAGUUUAUUUGAGUAUUUGGAAAAACGAUUCGAUAGCAGAACAAGAAGUUUUGCUUCUUUUUUAUUUACAUUGGGAAUUUUACUCUAUUUGCCUAUUGUGAUCUACAUUCCAGCUCUAGCUUUAUCUGCAGCAACUGAGGUUAAUAUACACUACAUAACACCAGUGGUCUGUGGUGUAUGCGUUUUUUACACUACCAUAGGUGGUCUAAAGGCUGUGGUAUGGACGGACGCUAUACAAUUCACUAUAACAAUAGGAUCUUUGAUAACAGUGUACUAUUUAGGCCUUAAUGCUGCAGGUGGUUUUUCAAAUGUAUGGACAGAAGCUUACAAGGGAAAAAGACUAACAUUUCCUAUUGGUCUUGAUAUAACAGAAAGAGAUUCAAUUUUGGCCGUCAUCAUAGGCUCCUUAUUUUGGUUUAUCCAAUUCAGUGCUGUCCACCAGACUUGUGUGCAAAAAUUCUUAUCAGUGUCGUCUUUUUCCAAGGCCAAAAUAACUGUACUGUUAUUUUCCGUUGGCAUGUCCUUAGUUUUAUUUUUCACAGUAUCAAUGGGUCUUAUAAUGUAUACAAGAUAUAAAGACUGUGAUCCCCAUACACAAGGUUACAUUGAGAAAAUUGAUCAAAUGCUUCCCUACUAUGUUUUAGAUGUAGCAGGAUCAAUUCCAGGUUUACCAGGACUUUUCAUAGCAGGAAUAUUUUGUGCUGCCCUUAGUACACUUUCAGCGACUUUAAACUGCCUCUCAGGAACAAUAUACGAGGAUUUUAUUGCUAAAUAUUUGCCAGUACAUACUGAAAAAACCACUUCGAAUAUAUUGAAGUUGAUUGUUAUUAUUACUGGGGUAGUCAGUACUGUUUCAGUGUAUGCUAUAGAAAAAUUUGGAAGCGUUUUGCCCAUAGCGUAUACUUUUAAUGGGGUGACAGGGGGGCCUACCUUGGCACUUUUUACUUUGGGUGUUUUGUUUCCAAAAGUAAAAGGAAGAGGUGCAUUUUAUGGUUCUUUAAUAGGUCUUCUGGUUAUGUCAAUUGUUGCUUUUGGUACACAAUACUACAAAAGUAAUAAUCUAAUUGUACUUCCAACAAAACCUGUAUCAAUUGAGGGUUGCUAUAACAAUUUUAGUGAAAAUUUGUUUGAUAUGAUGACCACCACAUCAUUUGAUCUUAAUAUUACAACUGAAGCCAUUAUUAAUACAAAAACAACGCAAGAUGAGGCUACAACAAACGUUUUUUUAUUGUUUCGAAUUUCCCAUUAUUAUUACACGUUUCUUGGAUGUUUGUGUACCAUGAUUCCAGCUAUUAUUUUAAGCUAUUUCUGUAAGGAAAAAAAUCUGCCUUUAAACAAAGAUCUCAUAUCUCCUUUGGUACACUUUUUAUUAACUGAUGAUGACGUUUCAUUAAAAGAUAUUCCAUACUACGAUGUUCAGAAAGCUUUGAAAAUUAAGGUUCAACAAGAAGAAGACCUUUGUUGACAUUUGGAAAUGAUUUUAAGACUCCUAGAUAGCAUCUGUGAUUUUCGGCGGUUUUUUUCACAUCCUACGUCAUUUUUAUCAUGCAUGACAAUACAAUUUUAAGUUUAAAAUCACAGAAAAUUUCAUAUGUUACAUAAGACAAUACAAACAAUAUUUUUUUGCUGACGGUAUCGUGGGCCUUUCAUCCCCACCAGUGGAUCCUCUAGAUGUCGCAUUCUAUGCACACGCAUUUAAUAUUUUGACAGUUAAAAGUGUGCGAAAAUUUCUGUCAGAAACAGUUUUAAUUGUGUUUCAACUGUACUUUAUUCUAAAAAUGUAUAAUAAGCCCGUUGCUGUACGAAAACUGUACCUAUGUUCUUGCUGUUCCUGACCAUAUAAUUUAUUAUAUGGUCAGGUGUUUUCGAAACCUACUCUGGGUUACUUACCCGGUUCCCAAAAGUCACGCAACCAGGACUCCAAGGUUACUCGAUCACUUUAGUAAGCGAAAAGCACAGGUUACAAAAUUUUACCGCAAUUAAAACCGCCUAAAUUAAAUAAAUAAAUAAAAAAUAAAUUUAAAUAUUUAAAUACCUACCCAGACCGCAAAAUCCCAUUCCCUGCACAUGUCAGGAAUAUUCCAAGGAUUAUUACAAGCGCACCAGAAUAUUCCCGAUUUUUGGUUAACCCAGUCAUCAUAAAAAGAAUAUUCCAUCCCUGAUAGCAAAAUUUGAUUUUAAGAAUCUUCUAAGAAGAUAUGACCCGGAAUAAUGGAAUAUUCUUAGAACCUUCCCUUAUUGCUAAGAAUGUUCUUAGGGACUUUUAAAACAUUCAAUAGAUACCCUUUUAAUGAUGCAAUUAGAUUCUUAAAAGCUUCUUAAAAUCUUCCUAAAAAGAAUCCUAAGAACAUUUUAAGAAUACGUUUUUGGAAUGUUCUUAGAAGGCUUCUAGGAAGCUUUUGAGAAUAUUUCCAAAUAUGUUCUAAUAUUUGUAUUCUACAUUCGUAAAAUUCUUCAGGAGACGACAAAUACGCCUCACUGUUAUAAUAUGACAGUGAAAUGAAGUUGUCGUCCCCUUAAAAAAUUUUGCGACAUAUUAAUAUAUUUAUUUAAAAAUAUUAAAUAAACAAUUUGACCUCUAAAC